AUGGCUGAGCAUAACAAGAUCCAGAAGACCAUUGUCGUUGGGGCUGGUCCUGUGGGAGCUCUUGCAGCUUUAUAUACUGCUCAGAGAGGUCAUGAUGUUGAAGUCUAUGAGUUGAGAAAUGAUCUCCGAGACCCCUCCACGACCCCCCUGAAUUUCACCAAAUCGAUCAACCUAGCUCUUUCCGAACGAGGUAUUAAUGCUCUCAAGCAUUCUUCCCGACCUUCGCUCCUGGGGAAGAUCUUUGCUGAGACCGUUCCCUUGGCUGGACGAAUGAUCCAUGGCAAGAACUCGGCUGGCCAGCUCACUGAACAAUCCCAGGCUUACGAUAUUCAUGGAAGGACGAAUUAUGCCGCCGACCGAGGAGGACUUAACAAACUGCUCCUCGACGAACUGGAGACAAUGCCAAACAUCAGAUUCUUCUUCAACCAUAAACUCACCGGCGCUGACUUCAAGAAUAACAAAGCCUGGUUCACACGGGGCAAAUCCACUCCCGGAAAAUGCGAUGAAGAAAUUGAAAUCGACUUCGACUUCUUGAUCGGUGCAGAUGGAGCACACUCCGCAGUGCGAUAUCAUCUGAUGAAGUACACACGCAUGGAUUACCAGCAGGAGUACAUCGACACUCUUUGGUGCGAAUUCCAUAUUGAUGCGAAAGAAGUGCUACCCGGAGAAGACCCAGAAUCGAGGUUCCGAAUCGACCCGAACCACCUACACAUCUGGCCCGGCAAAAAUUUCAUGUUCAUCGCGAUCGCAAGCUUCGACGGCUCCUUCACCUGCACACUCUUCAUGCCCUCUGCGCACUUCACUCACCUCUCCACUACUCCUGACACCCUCCCUGAAUUCUUCGACACCUAUUUCCCAGGCGUCACUUCUCUCAUCCCACGUCAAGAUCUAAUCGCUUCCUUCACCUCCAACCCGCACCUCCCCUUAAUAUCUAUAAAAUGCUCACCCUUCCACUACUCCUCUUCGGCCGUGAUCCUCGGCGACGCCGCGCACGCAAUGGUCCCCUUCUACGGCCAAGGAAUGAACGCCGGUUUCGAAGAUGUCUUCGUCCUUUUCAAGUUCCUCGACAAAUACUCACCCCUCAUACCCACCACCCCUCCCUUACCGUUCCCGACAUUUCCGACCCUCGCCUCAUUUCGCGCAAAGGCCCUUGCCGAAUACUCGAAACAACGGACUGAAGAUGCGCAUGCAAUUAAUGAUUUGGCGUUGCAGAAUUACAAGGAAAUGCGCGCAGAUGUCACAUCCCCGCUCUACCUCGCGCGCAAAUGGCUUGAAGAGAAGAUCAGCGUCUGUAUCCCGAGUUUGGGCUGGAAGACAAAGUACUCGCGGGUGAGUUAUGAGAAUGAGCGGUAUAGCGAGGUCAUCAGGCAAUCUGAACGUCAGGGGAAGAAGUUGGUGGCGGCGCUGUUGGGACUGCUGGGGAUGCCGAUUGUUGUUGGGGGAUUGGUGUGGUGGGCGCGGUGGAGCAAGGGAGGAAGGAUGUGGCUGGGGAGGUGGUGGGAGAGGGUGGUUGGUGGUUAA